GUGUGCUGCCAUAUUUCUUGUCCCUCCAACAUGGGAUUUGCGCGACCAACCUCGUUCCCAGGGUCUCUCCUUCUGCGCGAAUAGACCCAGGACUUUGGGAAAUGGCUAAUAAUGGCAAUGUUAAUAAAUUCCAAUUCCUUACUAAGAAACGCGACCUUUAUAUGUAAGCAUGCAUGUUUGAUUAUUUUAGAUUCUAGCACUACAUUGUAUCCAACAAAGUCCCAAUGGAGGCGAAAGUAUAUUCACUGAUGGAUAUCAUGCCGUGAAACAACUUAAGAGACACCAUCCUGAGGCGUUUGAAGUGUUGACGACUUUCCCGAUGAGAUUUUAUGAUGAAGGCGUUGCAGAAUAUGGAGAGUAUUGCUUUGAUCUUUCUGCUCCCAUGAUCAGGUAUGUUGGGUCUUUAAAAUGUUUGGUAAUUUUUAUGUCACCGUUUGACGUGAAGUAUAACAGAAAUUGAGUGGAGAAAAGUGACAAAAUAGUCAAACGAACAUAACCAUUUUCGAAAUUUGUCGAGAUUCUAUAGAUUUUUGUAACACGCAUCCAAACAGUAACAACAACAACAACAACAGUAAACACAACAACAGUAAACACAACAACAGUAAGCACAACAACAGUAAACACAACAACAGUAAACACAACAACAGCAAACACAACGACAGUAAACACAACGACAGUAAACACAACGACAGUAAACACAACAGCAGUAAACACAACAACAGUAAACACAACAACAGUAAACACAACAACAGUAAACACAACAACAGUAAACACAACAACAGUAAACACAACAACAGUAAACACAACAACAGUAAACACAACAACAGUAAACGCAACAACAGUAAACACAACAACAGUAAACACAACAACAGUAAACACAACAACAGUAAACACAACAACAGUAAACACAACAACAGUAAACACAACAACAGUAAACGCAACAACAGUAAACACAACAACAGUAAACGCAACAACAGUAAACGCAACAACAGUAAACACAACAACAGUAAACACAACAACAGUAAACACAACAACAGUAAACACAACAACAGCAAUCGUAAACUUGUAGACACAACAACAGCAGAUCGUAAACUUGUAGUUUAAAUUUCAAAACACAACAACAGCAGAUCGUAAACUUGUAGUUUAAAUUUCAAGUAAAUUUCUUUAACGCCCCACCCCUAACUCCAAAUGCUUCCCUACGUCCCUACGGCCGAUUGUUUUACAACUUACAAUAAUAUUUUUUAUUUCAGCAUGAACAAUAAAGGUCGUAUUGAGACUUUGUUACUUGAGCCCGCAGUUAUGACUGUGGCAAACAAAACGUCAACCACAGAGGAAGUACUUGCGUUCUACGAAGCAUACCACCAACUAUCAAAAUUAUUUUACAGCAAUGUCGUUAGCGUCCGUCUCAAGCCAGGGCAAGUCGUAAUGACGCAUAAUACGCGCGUUUUGCACGGGAGAACGGGGUUUAAAGCGACAUCUGAGGCAGAGGCCAAAGUCUCGCGGUGGAUACAAACCAUGUUUUACGAGUGGGAUAUGGUGUUUUCAAAACUUCGAGUUCUACAGACAAAUCUUGGUCUCAAUAUAUACACAGAAUCGAAUGACAUUUUCUAAGAUUUCAGAACUUUCGUACCUAAGACUCUUUUCAACUAUUAUAUGGAUGUUGAACAAGUUUUGAUGUUUAAUGACACUGGUCUUCAAACUAUGCUCAUAGUUUGUUGUAAUUAGCUAAUUGUUAAUAAGUAGCCUAUGAUUACGCCUGAUCGAGAUUUCAGCUCUCUCCUUGCAAGUGUUUGAUAAAUGAGUACUAAUUGGCAAAAUAACGAAGGCUAGAUAUACUUAAAAUACUCAAUCAUAUAGCAUUAACAAUUCAUGAAGAAAACACAAAAGAAAUGAAUGUUUUAUCAAUGUUUGUAUAUAUAUUUUAUAUGUAUAUUUUAUGGCUUUUUAUGUAAAGGGUGCCGUUAUCAAUUGGGAGUUAUCCUGUUACUGCAUCCUAUCACUAUGGUUGUUCGUAACAUUGUUUAUGUAUUUAUCUGUAAUAUUGUGACAAAACUUAUUAAAUUAAAUUAAAUUA